AUGUACAGGAUAUCGGAAUCUUCGAGACACGCUAUCACAAUUCCUUUUCACAAGAAGUUUGCCGACCUUAGGAACUAUCGAGGAAUCUCUUUGCUGCGUGUUAUGUACAAAAUUUGGAGCGGAUUAUCCUGGACAGGAGCAUUUCGCGCCGAUGGAGUGCCAGGAAAGUUCCUUCGCCCACUUGAUGACAUGAACCAACGAACAGCUGCUGCAUUUCGAAAAAUACUCGAGAUUGUCUUAGCACCAUCAGGAUCUCGAGAACCUGGACCAUCAGGGUGUCGAGACCCUGAUGACACUAAGACAAUCUUGGCUGAUCUCGAGUACGCCAAGGAUGUCGUUGCAUUCAUGGAAAGCUAG